AUGAAUUUCGCAAUCUCAGCUGCAGUUGCUAUUCUAGCAGUGGUGCUUACCAUCGCACUCCGCACUCGCCGCAGGCUGCGGGAGAAAGGCUUUCCGCCAGGGCCGGAUCCGCUCCCACUUCUAGGCAAUGUUCACCAAGUUAAUUCCACAUGUCCGAGGCUCACAUUCACGGAGUGGAAGCGCGUAUACGGGGAUAUCGUUUACUGCAGCAUGCUAGGCAGAGAAUUUGUGAUCGUCAACUCGGAGAAAGUGGCGGAGGACCUGAUGGAUAAACGCUCGCGAAACUACUCAAACAGGAUGGACAUGUAUGGGUUAAUUUCCGAUACCGUCAGCUUGAAUCAUGACGACUUAUGGCGAGCACAUCGACGUGUUCUCCAGCAAACAUUACGCCCAGAAGCUCUCGUUGUCUACCGGCACACACAACUCCGUUGCGCAGCGACUCUGCUGCAAAAUUUGCAUGAUACCCCAUCAUCGUGGUGGGGACAUAUUCGCACAUUCUCAGCUGCCACCAUCAUGGGAGCUAUGUAUGACCACGACCUUCCCGCAGAUCCCAAAGACGACAAAGCGUUCUGCACCGUGGUUGAAGGAAAAGAUCUCAAAGUCCAUCUUGGCUCCCUAGGGAUGAUUUCCCUUCUUACCGUGUUUCCUAUGCUGAAAUAUGUGCCUACGUGGUUUCCAGUCGGACGCUAUAUGAACGCUGCAAAAUUUGUUCGAGCUAUGGACGAGAUGAUCGAGACGCCUUAUGACAUACUACAAAAACGAACAGCUACUGGAGAAGCAAGGCCUUGUGUGAUAUCCGAAGCGCUAUCUAAAUUUCAAGAUGAUUCCAAGUUGGACAACGUUGAGCAAGUCAUCAAACAUGCUUCUGGAGAGGAGACGGUAGGUUCAAACAAACUUCUUCUCUAUCAAUACUCACCGACUAGUUUGGCGUGUAAGACGGGGUCAACUUUGCUUACAUUUACCCUUGCCAUGGUCCUUCACCCGCAUGUUCAAAAACUCGCACAAGAUGAGAUAGACAAAGUGAUAGGAGUGGACCGUCUUCCAUAUUUCAACGAUAAGCCGGAUUUGCCUUAUCUCGAAGCCGUGUUUCGCGAGACGUUGAGAUGGAGGCCUGUUGCUCCCCUCGGGAUACCGCAUGCUGCAACGAACGAAGACGUGUAUGAAGGUUAUUACAUCCCUAAAGGUAACCGCUUUAUUAAUUUCAUUAGGGCCAUGGCUCAAGACAAGAAUAAAUACCCCUCCCCGGAUACCUUUGAUCCUAGCCGAUUCUUUGACUCCGAUGGGCAGCUUACGAACGAUACGUGCGAGUUUGUGUUCGGCUUCGGACGCCGCGUUUGCCCAGGAAGGCACUUUGCGCAAGCAUCAGUUUGGACAGCAAUGGCGCACAUUCUCGCAACUUUUAGUAUUCUACGAGAUAAUGAUGCCUCAGGAGAGCCAAUUGAGCCAGCUCCAGAUUGGGCAGAAGGGGUGACAUGGUGA